UGUAUGGCCAAGGGAAGGAAACCUGUUUUUGUUGGCCCUCAAGCAUCCCCAAAGAGAGAGCUGAAGGCUUUGGGCAGUGGAAAUGCUUACCUUGCAUGCCUUUUAAGAAUGAGGAAGCUAAAAAUGUUGUAGCAAAACAGUGGUGCCUGGGUAGCAGCCCUAACCAGACUUCCUUGAAGCAAGUAACUCUUAUUUCCAAGGAGGCGUGGCUAUAGUGUGUGUGGGGGGGCUAGUGCUACCCGCAGAGGGGCUGUGCAAGGGCACCCGCCUGGUUAACCUCCACACAGUCAUUUCAGUGUGCGGUUUCAGCAGAAGACAGCAGAACUUGGAAGUCAGUAACCAGCUUGGUUGCGUUUCUUGGGGUCUGAACCAACAGUCCUGAUGGCUUCUUAUUGCCUGCAUAAAGGGGAAGACCUUCCACUUAAUUGGCUGGUGUUCCCUGGUAGUGCUUGCUCCUCCAUCCAGUGCUGCCUUUUGUGAUCUGUACUUACUCCGUGUUACUGGGACUUCUCUCAGCUCAUACCUUAGUCCUUACAGUUGCAGAGGGAGGUUAUUCUAGGCAAGUUGGAGCCCUUUUGUCAAUCAGACUAGUUAUUUCUUGUCAAGUAGCCAACACGAACAGACUCCUUUGUGGCUCUCUGCUCCAAGUGGGAGAAACGGUUUUCGCUUUUUAAAAAGUUUCUGCUCUUUUUGGCUAUCAAGUUAAUCCUGUAUGUCUACCUGUUUCCAAACUAACGACCUGUUGCCGUGCUCAACCUAAUCCCAGGUCCCAUAUUUGCUUAUUGGCAGGAAUAAGUUCUAGCUUAGAUAAGGAGAGCUCACCAGUUCCGCGUUUCUGUUCAAAGAGUUCCAUGGGUGGAACACCGUUUCCUUUCCCCCUUCCUGUAGCAGCCCAAAUGUGCAAUCCUGCUCCUGGGGUAAAAGAGCAAGCAUUUGGGGUGGAGGCAUUUUGGACUGCCACAGGAGGAGGUCCUUGUGCUCAUGGAAAUGCUGUGCUGGAUCCAACUCAAAGGAAACAAGGGUGCCUUCAAAAAAAUUAUUUAGUGAGAAAUUUUUAUCAUAUACCAAUGUAUUAAUGACAUCAAACAUUUGGGGGCAGUAGAGGAGAAAUAAUUUUCAUCCCUUCAAAAGAGAAGGGUGGCUGAUGAAUAUACACCCUUAGUCUACAAAGGUCAAGUGAAGGUUCAGACUUAGGAAAGGGUGACAGAUGGGAAACUGGAUCACCCUUGAAUGUUAGAAAAGAGAGCCCCUCUUGGCUGCUUUGUUUACCAAGAAGAAAUGCGUUUGCUUCUCCGGGAACGUCUCUCCUGCUUCACUGCCUGCCUGUCCAGGGUCCCCCCCCCUCCUCCCCAGGUUCCAUCAAAAGGCUUCUUCAAAUCUGAGGCUAGGAGCAAACUUGAGAAAAGUCUCCUGCCCUCCCUGCCCUCCCUUGUCCUUUGAAUCCAUCAUGGGGUUUAUUUUAAGAUCUGGAGAAACUGAGCAGAUGUGCUUUGUAGGGCCUGGAGAUCCACCUUCUCUGUCGGAGAUUGUUCUGUUUUCAGAAGAGCACGCAGGGUGCACACAGGAUGAUUACUAUGCUUUGAUCAGAAGGGGUGGGCUGCGGGAGGACCUUUUCUCCCAUUGAUGCCCCCAUGGUGAGAUUUUGUAGCCAGAAAGAUUGUUAAUGGCGGCUUGAGCUAACACAGAUGAUAUGACUAGCAGGCAGCUGUGGCAAGCACAAACCACCCCCGGCUGACUGCCUCACAGUCAGACUACCACAAAACUCUGCUGGUUGGUUUCAGGGAGGAAGGGGAGUGGAGGUGAAAGCGCUUCCUCAUCUGCAGCAUUCGGACACAACAGUGGAUCUGACCACUUGCAUCCCAUUCUACAGCGUGACUCACCAAGGAGCCCUUGCAAGCCUGCCCCAGAAUCCCUGCAAGCUGCGGAAGAGUCUUUCACGGGCCCUUGGGGAACAGUUGUGUCGUGCUGGGGGCUAGCAGGCCUGGUCUCUCCCCUGAGGCACCCUUGCCAGCAACUGGGCCCAGUACAGUCAGCAUUUCCAGUGUACGGGCUGUGAAGUGGAAUGCCAUGGCUAACUCCUCCGAGAGCGAAGAUGACAGCUUCAUGGCCGUGGACCCGGAGGAAGCUGUGGCAAGGGAAGGGAGCAUGGAGCAGGAGGAAGAGCAAGAGGAGGGUGUUGGGCGGCACAACAGGUCCAUGCUGGAGUUGCCGGAAGAGGUGCUGGAGUAUAUCUUGUCCUUCCUCUCACCUUACCAGGAACACAAAACUGCUGCCCUUGUCUGCAAACAGUGGUAUCGACUUAUCAAAGGUGUGGCCCACCAGUGUUACCAUGGCUUUAUCAAGGCAGUCCAAGAAGGAAAUAUUCAGUGGGAGAGUCGCACGUAUCCUUACCCUGGCACCCCCAUCACUCAGCGUUUUUCACACAGUGCGUGUUACUACGAUGCCAAUCAAUCCAUGUAUGUGUUUGGGGGCUGCACACAGAGCAGUUGCAAUGCUGCUUUCAACGACCUGUGGAGGCUCGACCUGAACAGCAAAGAGUGGAUCCGCCCACUGGCAUCAGGCUCUUAUCCAUCACCCAAGGCUGGGGCCACUCUGGUUGUGUACAAGGACUUGCUGGUGCUCUUUGGUGGCUGGACACGGCCCAGCCCCUAUCCCCUGCACCAGCCGGAGAGGUUUUUUGACGAAAUACACACUUACUCACCCUCCAAAAAUUGGUGGAACUGUGUUGUGACAACUCACGGCCCUCCUCCUAUGGCUGGUCACUCCUCUUGUGUAAUACAGAACAAAAUGAUCGUGUUUGGGGGUUCCCUUGGGUCUCGGCAAAUGAGCAACGAUGUCUGGGUGCUGGACCUGGAGCAGUGGGCCUGGUCGAAGCCAAACCUUGCUGGCCCAAGCCCUCACCCCCGCGGAGGCCAAUCCCAGAUUGUCAUAGAUGAUGAAACCAUUCUUAUCCUUGGGGGCUGCGGUGGUCCCAAUGCGCUGUUCAAAGAUGCCUGGUUGCUGCACAUGAAUUCUGAGCCCUGGACUUGGCAGCCGCUGAAGGUGGAGAAUGAAGACCAAGGAGCCCCUGAGCUCUGGUGCCACCCCGCCUGCAGGGUGGGCCAGUGUGUGGUAGUCUUCAGCCAGGCACCCAGCGGGAGAGCUCCCCUGAGCCCCAGCUUGAACUCUCGCCCCUCUCCCAUCAGUGCCACACCACCAGCCCUGGCUCCCGAGACACGGGAAUACCGUUCCCAGUCUCCAGUGCAGACCACAGAGGAGGCACCCUGUGUGAACGGCCGCUGGGGAACCUUGAGACCGCGGCUGCAUCGGCAGACGCCUUCGGCUUCCCGGGAAGGGAGCCUCUCACCUGCUCGAGAAGAUAGUUCACCUGUGCUGAACGGCAUUGAGGGCUUAUCACCUGGAGCCACUUUGGAUAGUCCAGUCCAAGCGUCAUCUCCCAGCACACCUGCCGCUACUGCUGGUACCGAAGGAUAUGAUCUCAAGAUUGGUAUUUCCCCGGCACCAAGGCGGGGCUCCCUCCCUGAUCAGAAAGAUCUGAGAUUGGCAUCUACAGACUUGAACUGGGAAGCCAAAGCACCUUCCCUUAUAUCUCAGCUGGAUGGCACAGAGAGCAGGACGGUUGGCAGCAGUGUCAAGAACCCUCCGGAACAAACUAAUGGUGUCCACACCCCGCCUCACGUUGCCAGCUCCUUGCCAGGGGCAGUCUCUCCAGGUGCACUGCGGCGAAGCUUGGAGGCAGUCAAAGCCCUUUCUUCCAAAGCCCCACCUGCUUUGGCAGUGCGGAGCCCCCCCUUGGUGGCCUCGCCAGGGUCGCCUGGCAGCCAGAGCGCUGGUGUUGUGGAGGCAGCAGCGCCAACCCCUCGCCCCAGCUCUGCUCAAGGGGACGGGCACUCCUUGCCCCCAAUUGCUCGCCGCCUGGGCCACCACCCGCCUCAGUCUCUGAAUGUCGGUAAGCCCUUGUAUCAGAGCCUGAACUGCAAGCCCAUGCAGAUGUACGUGCUAGAUGUCAAGGACACCCAGGAGAAGGGGCGGGUCCAGUGGAAAGUGUUCCACGGCAGCUCUGUGGUUGGGCCCCCCGAGACCAGCUUGCACACUGUGGUGCAAGGCCGUGGUGAGCUGAUCAUUUUCGGUGGCCUCAUGGACAAGAAGCAGAACGUCAAGUACUACCCCAAAACUAACGCCUUGUACUUUGUGAGAGCCAAGAGAUGAUUUGGCCAGGGCGACACUGCUCCCGCCGGUCCCCCUCCCUGCUUCUGCUGACGCAGUGAACCCCUAAGCGCUCUGUCAGGCGGGCUGUGAAUUUGGGGCUCCUCCCAUCAAUAAAAGAAUCUAAGCAAAUGGCA